ACUCGGAGACCUUUACUCGGCUAACAAGUGGGUGAAAAAAUUUGCCCAGAGAAUCACAAACUGAAAGCGAGGCAAUGGCAGUGGUCAGAAUUAUAGCGUUGGAUUCUUGCUCUCGAUAGUUUCAAUUACCUAUUAAAGUUUAUUUCAAGAGAAGUGCUGUAGUGCAUCUUAAUCAGUCUUCAAAGUAUUUCUCGGAUUGUGUCUUACAGAGAGAGAAAAAUAUCAAUCGCUGUUGAAGCUUUGACUCACAGAAGGUUAUUAUAGAUAGAGCUUUAAUUGAAUUUUCCAGCUCUUGCUGUAUAGAUGUUCUUUUCCGAGUGAAAUUUGCCCACCGGACACUGGUGGAUUAACCGAAUCUUAACAAUGAUCUCGUUUAGAACCCGCUGUGAACACAAAAAUAUGCAAGUUUAAAGUGAAGUGAACAAUACAACGAGCAGAAAAAAAUCUCAGGCAAAUGCCAACCUGAAGGUGAAACACAAACAAGUUGUAAAGACCAGAAUCAUGUCGAUGAUAAGAUGCUGUUUCGAGCCGGUGGAGAUGCCGGAGUUUCUGGAUUCGUUCGUGAAAAAAUGCACCGAAGGAUGUUGCUGCGGCUGUUGCUCCGCACUGAGACCCCGCUACAAGCGACUGGUGGACAACAUAUUCCCCGUCAAUCCCGAAGAUGGACUGGUCAAAUCGAACAUGGAGAAGCUCACCUUCUACUCGCUGCGAUCGCCGGAGAAGUUGGACCGCAUUGGGGAGUACCUGUACCAGCGAGCGUCGAAGGAUAUCUACCGGAAGCGGUACAAAUUUGUGGAGAUCGCCAUGGAAGCGAUGGAUUUACUGCUGAUGGCUUGUCACGCCCAGAUUUUGAACCUGUUUGUGGAAAGCUUUCUGCGAAUGGUGCAGAAGCUGCUGGAGGACACCAACCCGACGCUGCAGAUAAUGGCAACGAAUUCGUUUGUGCGGUUUGCGAACAUUGAAGAGGACACGCCGUCGUACCAUCGGCGGUAUGAUUUCUUUAUUUCGAAAUUUAGCUCAAUGUGUUACGGCAAUAAUGAUGAUCUCGAGCUGAGGGACAGCAUGCGAAUGGCGGGUAUCAAAGGGUUGCAGGGGGUGAUCCGGAAGACGGUGUCGGAUGAUUUGGUGGAGAAUAUUUGGGAGAAGCAACAUAUGGAGAAAAUUGUUCCAUCGCUCUUGUUCAAUAUGCAGUCAACCGGUGGAAGUAAACCAGUUGAUCAUGAAGCGGCUCCGUCAACGCCUCCGGUGCUCGCAGAGGCCGUCUUAAGAGAGCUGGUGUCGCGAGCUUCCUUCGGGCAUAUCAGAGCAGUUUUGAAGCCUCUGUUAACCCAUCUCGAUUUGCAUAAGUUGUGGGUUCCGAAUCUGUUUGCGAUUGACACCUUCCGCAUUGUGAUGAUUUCGAUUCAGCCCCAGUAUUCAUACACCGUGGUCGAGACUUUGAUGUCCCAUCUGGACCAGAAUCUCACUUCCUCGCCAAAGACGCGUACUUCGCUGGCGGUUGUUCUGUCUAAAAUUAUCGCAAUUGCCGCUGGCGAAAGCGUUGGCCCCUCUGCCCUGGAUAUCAUUAAUAAUCUUCUAACUCACUUGAAGACAUCUGUUAGCACUCAGCACGAAUCCACCCCGGAGGAGACGCAAUACCAGGAAGCGCUCAUCAAUGCACUUGGAGAAUUCGCCAACCAUCAUCCGGACUAUCAGAAGAUCGAAAUCAUGCUCUUCAUCAUGAACACCGUUCCUGAUCCAUCGAAGAAGAGCAAGGGAGACCAGCUGCUUCAAAACAUCCUGCUGAAAUCGCUUCUCAAAGUCGGCACCCAAUACCGGACGGUGUCCUUCGAGAAAGCUUUCCCCGUUUCAUUCCUCCAGCCGUUGCUGAAAAUGGCACGCGCUUCCUCGGUUGCGAUCCGCGUCAUCGUGAUGCAAAUUUUCCAGCAAUUGCUCGAUCGCCACCAGAAUCAGCACCUGUUGAACGCGAUCAGUGUUGGGAACUAUCCGACGCUAACUGUGGAGCAAGCUUCCCGCUCGGAUAUUUUGUUCACGCACAAAUACGGCUCCAAUAUUCUGCAAGCGAUUAUCGAUGGAAUGUCACAGGAGAAUAAUUUGGAUGUGUUGAAGUCUUCCUACAACACCGCCGGACUGAUGGUCGUGGAGAUGGCUUGCGGCGAGACGGUGCAGGAGUUUCUGUUGUUUGUUCUUGGUGUCCAACAGGUUGCGCUAACCGAAGCCGAGCUGUCUCCCAAGCAUCGCUGCAAUCUCCACAGCAUCGCGAUCGCGCUGCUCAUCUUGAUCGGGCGCUGUACCGCAAUCGGUACGAUUGUCGAAUACGCCGAGAAGUUGAUCCAAGCUCGGAAGGAGGAAGCUACCUAUUUGCUGCCACCGCUGCUCGACAAUGAUCGGUCCGCUCCGAGCACACUGAACACCAAUCUGCCCCAUUUGAUGAUCGAUAAGCUGGCGAUUUCGGAGUGUCUGCAGCAGGCCGCUUUGGAGCAUACCCGGGUACAGACCGGUACGCCAUAUUCGCUGCACCAGUCGGACAUGUCCGCCCAUCGACACUCGUGGGUUGAUACUUCGGCCGCCCGCAACAGCAUCGUGGACGCCAACUACAACGACGUCGAGUCGGUCAGCAGCUCCCCGGGCGUCCAGAAACGUUCGCUCGCUUCCGAGUAUAACUUCGAGUCGAUGAAGCGAGUGCUGGCGGAACCGACGGAAGCAUCAAAGCGGGAAUCACGCGAGAAGCAGGCCGCCAUUGGGCGUACCUUCCGCGAGACCGCUUUUGACGAUUUGCUACGGCGAACCGAACCCAAACACGACGUGAUCCAGAACAAACUGAACGAAAUCUUCAACUCGCUGUCCGCCGAACGGCAGAUAAGCUGCGGCAGCAGCCAACUGGCCGCCAUCGGGGCUUCGGCGGCUACGGGGACGGCCGACGGCGGGAAGCUCAACCAGCAGCGGCCAAUCUACGCGAAUAAUUUUCCGGAACUAUUUUUCUACUAACCUCGCGCUAAGGGAGUGAAAAGUUGCCUUCAAGUGUCUAUUUAGUGGAAGUGUUUGUUUUUUCUUUGUUUCUCGAUUUUGUUGUGUAUUUAUUGUUAGCUAGUCGGGUGGAAUGGUGCGUGGUGAGAGUGGUCGGGUUUGGCGAAAAAUAAUGAGCAUUGGAUGCACAUUUCUGCGCGUUAUAUAUCACAAAUAAUUUCACGAUUCCAUUUUGAAAGAUAUAACGAACGGUCAAAGUUUCAUUGAUUGGCCCAAACAUACAUUAGGAAUUAUAAAUUUUCUCCAAUAAAGACUAAUAGUCAUUUCUUCAGCGCUGUAAAAUAUCAGUUUUGAAAGAAACAUCCGCUACCUUUGCUUUCGGACCAUAAAUGUGUAAAACAGUCGAAUGUUUAAUUCACCUUUUUGUUCUAUUUGUUCAGCUAGAGUAUGAAUAUUGAUUUUGUCAUAAUAACGUCGAAUGGUGGUAUAUAUUUUAUACUUUUUUGAAUUGGUUAUUAGUUUUAAAUGUUCUUAGCUCGUAAAGUGUUACAUUCUCAAACUCGAAGGAUCGAUAGUGGUUUUUUUUCUGUUGUAAUAUUUCACAAUAGUUUGUAUGGUGGAAACUGCUACCAGAGCGGUGUGUUUUACCCUACUCUACUUGUUUGUUGUAAACGGUUUUGGUUUAACUUUGUUGUUUGCCUUCCCCGAAACGCUAUAAAUUUGCUAGAAUGAGUGGCAGACUUUUUUUUAUCUUUGAAGGAAUAAGACUAAUCAUCAAUGGUAGGAAUAAAUGACGAGAGAAUUUGCCCCGAAUCUACAAAGAUUAGUUUUUGUCUCAACAAGUUUUUGGCUAAAUGAGUGUUUUAUUAUAAAUGCAUCGUUUGCUGAUUUGUUCCUCCUAACCCCACUGCAUUGUACAUUGGAAGAAUAUCGAUUAAAAGCUGAGAGAAACUGUUCAAAUCCUACGAUCUUACUGUUUUCUUAUUCCUAGUCUUCCGACUGACGAAUUGUGGAUUCCUCGCGCUACAAUGAACGGCCAGGAUCAGGCCCGGAUUAAAUGAUUGCUUCAUGGUUUGUUGUUUUUCACAAUGUUUGUGUGUGUAUGCUUGGUUAAUCACUUGCUAUUGUUUUGUUAUCUGCCUUGUUCGUUUUAGAAUGCUUUGGGACGAAUACACAAUCCUUCCUACUCCACCUUCAACAGCUCAACGUCGAAGGUGAGGGUUGCGUUCGGUGGAAUAACACCGGGAUGGCCACGGCUUCCGUAAGCAUAAUCCGGCGAACAGACCAGCUUUGCUCGUUGACCGACCGACAUCUGGAAUUCAAAUGACACACUUCAUUAGUUAUUUCACCAGUCCAGAACCACAAAAAAAGGUCUGACGUCUUCACCUGAGCAACACCCUCAUCCCAUCCACGGAUGACCUCGCCGCGACCGACGGUGAAGCGGAACGGCUUGCCCCGAGUGCGGGACGAGUCGAACACGGUUCCAUUAUCUAGCGUGCCGGUGUAGUGGACCACAGCAAUCUGGCCAGUUUUGGGGAAAGUGGAUUCUACAUAACAAAAAAAAAAGAACCAAAUGCCAAUCACGAUCACAUUUUCUUUCUUUCGGUGACUUUUUUUUCACCCGCACGCACAAUUACGAAACUUACGAUCUCCGUUGGAAAGUGGGAUAACCUGAACACCCAUGCUGAUGAUUCUGGCUUUUGGUUCUCAACCGCUGUGUGC